UAAAAAGUAUUGUAAUGUCCUAAUUUAUAAAUCUGUUUAUGAUAAUACUAAUGUUUAGAUAAAUAUUUAUUUGUAAUUUCUAAAAAAAAGAAAAUAAUAUUCAAAACACACACUAAUUGACUCUGCUGCCAGCUAAUGGUGGGUCUCCGCUAAGCAAUCACGCUGCUAGUUUGGGACGGGUAAACUUGACAAAAAAGAAAUAAGACAGCACGACAGUUCACUUUAGUUGGCUUAAACGUGGGUUUUUCCCCCCCAACGUGUCAAGAAUUAGUCAAUAAAGAUCCCACUACAAAUGAAUAGAACUUUGUGAGGUCAUACGAGAGACUGUUGAGAAUACUGUUGCAAGCUCCUGUUGUGCUUCUGCAGAAAAAUGUCAACACUGGAAAGCGAAUGAAAGUGAGAAGUGUGCAACCUAUCAGGUUCCAGGAUAGCCCUGGUGUAAUCGUGUGAAUGAAAAUAACCCCAAAGUAAACUCCUCCUCCUCCUGCUCCUCUAAUCCCCCGGCGCAUCCUUUUUAUCUGAGGAUUGACAGCAGGCGGAGCAGAAUGGAGCAGAUGGACCACCAUGCAUUUGACGUCCCCUUAAACAACUUUUUGUAGGACUUAUAUUUAGUAGUGAACUAGCUUGUAGCCUUUAGGAGCCUCGCGGGAACCAAAAUGAGUCUACAUUUUUCUUGUGCUUUUUGCGUGGCUUUAGUUGUUCUCCCCCUCAUGAGCACUUCGUGUCCUGAACAAUGUAGCUGCUUCUUCCACAAACUGAGCGACGGCUCCAAAGCUAGAAGCGUCCUUUGCAAUGAUCCCGAUAUCAGCGUCAUUCCUCCAAAUUUCCCCACGGACACCUCCAAGAUACGCAUCGAGAAGACGGCCAUCACGAGGAUUUCUAGUGGCAACUUUCGCUACCUUGGCAGCAUGGAGUUCCUGUGGAUGUCUUUCAACUCCCUGAACUCUCUCAGCGUGGACAGUUUCCGGGGUCUCACGAACCUGGACGAGCUGAGGCUGGACGGGAAUGCCCUCACAUCGUUCCCAUGGGAGUCUCUGAGCGACAUGCCCAACCUGAAGCUACUUGACCUGCACAACAACAAGAUCUCCAGCAUGCCUGCCGAGGCCCUUGUGUACAUAAAGAAUAUCACCUAUCUGGAUUUAUCCAGCAACACUCUCACCACCGUCUCCGCAGAUGUCCUCUCGCUUUGGCUAAGUGUGAAACCGCUUCAGGACGCCGAUUCCUCCAAGUUUAUUCUUGGUCUCCAUGACAAUCCGUGGUUGUGCGACUGCCGGCUUUAUGAUCUGGUCCAGUUCCAGAAAUCCCCGAGGUCAUCAGUGGCUCUAAUAGACCCCAGGCUGAGGUGUGCUGACCCAGAGAGUCUGUCUGGUGUUUUCUUCACCGAAGCAGAACUGCAGAAGUGCCAGGGUCCUCGGGUGCAUACGGCCGUUGCGCGUGUCCGGAGCUCGCUGGGCAACAACGUCCUACUUCGUUGCGGUACCGUUGGCGUUCCAAUCCCUGAGCUGUCUUGGAAUCGUGCCGAUGGCAAGAAAAUCAACGGCACUAUUCAGCAAGAGAUCUCAAAGGAGGGCAUCAUUUGGUCCAUUCUGAGUGUGCCCGCAGUCUCAUACAGGGAUUCGGGAAAGUACGUGUGCAAAGCGACCAACUUUGUUGGCACCGCAGACGCCAUCAUCUCCUUGGUGAUCACAGACACCUUUCGGUCUGAAGAAGCAGCAGGUGCAGUCGCCAAGAGACCCAGAGGGAAGAAAGCUGGCGGUAUUGGGAGGGCUGCGUAUCAGGAAAAGCUGAUAGCUAGAUAUGUCCCUCCCCCGACUGCCUUGCCAGGGAAGCCUCUAAUCGAACCCCUCAAUGGCAAAGGGCUCACCGGGAAGUACGAGGUUGAGAGCUACAGCGUUUCCUCCGGCUCUCGAGGACGAGGCCGGGGGUCGAACCCUCGAAAGACAGAGCAGGACGCUUUGGGUAACAUAGUGGCCAACGCCUCAUCCUUACAACAAGCCCCGGAGAAAAGGGUUGUGCGUUCCGUAAAGGUGAUCGGCGAUACCGACCACACUGUCUCGUUGAACUGGCGAGCUCCGACGGCCACAAACACCACUGAGUUCAGCGUACUGUAUGCUGUGUUUGGCGAGCGAGACAUGCGGCGGAUCAACGUUGGAGCAGGCAAAAACCGUAUCACCAUUGAUGGCCUGGUGCCAAAAACAAAGUACAUCGCUUGCGUUUGCGUAAAAGGCCUGAUCCCGAAAAAGGAGCAAUGCGUAAUCUUCUCAACGGAUGAGGCGGCCAGCGCAAGCGGCACCCAGAAGCUCAUCAAUGUGGUGGUCAUCACGGUAGCCUGCGUGAUCGCUGUGCCCCUCACUCUCAUUGUGUGCUGCGGUGCCAUUAAGAAGCAUUGCCAAAAGCUCCUGGGCCGGCCAUCGAAGGAAAUACAAGACUCCUAUGUCACAUUUGAGACUCUGGGCCCCGCUGCCAAAACUAAAGGGAUGGAAGGCGAGUAUUUGACACGACUUAACCCUGAUGAGUCCAACAGGCUGCUUUCGGCGAGGUCUAGCGUUGACUCAGAGGCCAUUACCAGGACUGAGGGGCCACCUAAUGAGUACUUCUGCUAGAUCCCGACAUUUGCCUCAAGCCUGGAGAAUGCACUUUGAGACUGGAGUAGUGAAGACCGUCCUCUCUUUGAGAGAUCUCCAUAGGACAUUGACAGCACAUUUGCCAUUGGAUUAAACAGCUUUACAGCCUUGCGGGCGGGAAAAAAGCACAUUAAAUAUUACAUAUGACAGCAAAAUGGGAAAUUAUACACAGUGAAAUGGUUAUUUACAGUAUAUUUGUUGUUGAUGUGUAUAAAUGUGUUUUGGGACCUCACAUUAAAGGGUGACAUUUCAACUUUUAAACCUAAACAACAUCUUUUAUCCAAUAUAACCUCUGCACUGUGUAAAACCCUUUACAUGAAUAUACUAUAUUUAGAAUGACCAGCAAUGGUUAGUCUGUUUUGUAUGUCGUUAUGUGCCAGGUUUUCCGUCCAAAACUCAACACAACUCGCACAGUUGCUAAUAUGUAAAUAUGUUGUCAACUGAAGCAUCUGUACAUGAAAGAAUUGCAUGUAAAUAAAUGUUUUUUUUUAUAUACUGA